CGAUAUUUCCACGCUCGCUCUUUCUCCCUCGGUUUUUUUUUCUCUCUUUAUUGCAGCUGAAACAGAGAAAAAAAGGAGUUUUGCCUGAACGAAGGACCCAGUUCAGAAAAGCGUUGGUUCUUGUGUGUAGAAGAUGAGUUUCGUAUCCAAAAUCGCUGCUUGAACUAGUUGGAAUUGGAAAGAGGAGUUUUUUAAAGACAUGAACUUGAGUGAAGAUAAAAACGAGUUUGCCGGAGAUAACAGCAAUCGUGAUAAUGAUGGUGUGAAGAACUUCGAUUCGGUUAACACGCCUGUGGAUUGGAGAAUCUCUGCAUCUAAUCCACCAGUUUCGUAUCAUCUGGAGAAUCCAAUGCCGUCGAUUUGUCAAUCAUCUAGCUCUCCUUCUCAGAUGAUGGAUUCAUUCAGACAGAAUCUUUGGUAUGAUGGAGGUUUCAAUGUCCACAGCACCGAUGCAGGCAACGACGAUUCCACUUCCUUUAGAGGUAAUAUUGAUAGACCUCUUGAAAUGGGUUGGAGCAUGGCUCAGUUCCCUGCGGAUUCAGGAUUCACUGAGCGUGCUGCAAAGUUUUCGUUAUUCGGAUGUGGGAGUUUUAGUGAGCUGAUGAUGAAUCAACAAGGAGCUCCAGAAUCAAAUGGCUUGUUUCUUCAAGAUACUGAAGUUGCAAGUGGAUCCAAACGAGAUAAUGAUGGACCUGCAUCUAAGUUAGUGAAAGACAGAUCCAAUGGACCGGGUAAUGUAUCAGAAGAUUCUCAAUCUAGUGGAGGUAAUGGUCAUGUUAAAUGUGGGGAAACAUCUUCCAGCAGUAAGAAGAGGAACAGAAUUGGGAAGGACUUUGAUCCUGAUCAAUCACGUAGAGCUCAGCAAUCUGGUGAAGAACAAGAAGAUAAAAAGAACAAGAAGGAUGAGCAAAGCCCAAAUUCAAAUGCAGACAAGACAAACAGUGGGAAACAAGUUUCUGAUCCUUUGAAGGAUGGGUAUAUUCACAUGAGGGCACGAAGAGGCCAGGCCACAAAUAGCCACAGUCUUGCUGAAAGAGUAAGGAGGGAGAAAAGCAAGCGGAUGAAGUUCUUGCAAGAUCUUGUACCGGGUUGUGACAAGGUGACUGGGAAGGCAGUUAUGCUCGACGAAAUCAUCAACUAUGUGCAAUCACUUCAAUGCCAGAUUGAGUUUUUAUCUAUGAAACUUUCCACCGUGAAUCCUCCGCUCGACUUUGGCCUCGAAAGCCUCCUUGCAAAAGAUGCCCUUCAAUUAUCUGCACCGGCAUUACCACAAAGCAUGUCGAUGCUUUAUCCUCCUCUCUCGUAUCCGUCUCAAACAGGAAUCAUGCAACCGAACUUUUCCUCAAUGUCUCCCAUGAAUGGAGGACUUAAACGGCAGGAAACACAUGGGUACAAAAGUGAUCACCACAAUAUUGUCCACAUGAACCAUGGAACUGGUACCGCACCUGAUCACGAAGACGCGACAGCCAACACGAAGGUGGAGCCAUAGAUGUUUCUUCUUCACUUUGUACUCAGGUUUGGCAGCUGUAAUAACAUGAGCUGUGAUUGAGAAUUUCAUUAGGAGGAAGCAAAUCUUGUCUUUGUAAUCUGUACAGCUGCGGAGAAAGAGUCAAGCGUAAGAAGCACCAACAUUGUUUAAUGGAAAGGAACAGAUGUUGUUAGGGUCAUUGCCACGAGACUACUCUCUGUUGCUUCUUCUUCUUCAUCUUCUUUUGUGUACAUAUACAUCGAUUGUAGAGAAAAGAAAUGUUGAUGUAUACCGGAUAUGCGGUGUUUGAAGAUACAUUUAUA